AUGAGACUGGGACCCUGGGGGUUAAGCAACCUGCCCAAGGUCACCGGAGCAAACCAGGAGCAGAGCCCUGCUUUGGACUUUGCCACCCAGGACGACCCCCGUGUCUCCUCCCCCCAGGGGCAGGACGGGGUGCCGGAUGGCCCUCUUCUCCCCCAGUCCGACGGUCCGCUGACGGCCUCACCGUGGGGCCUAGGCCACACCCGCCGCUCCCUGGCCUCCGCAGACUCUCUGGCUGCCCUGCAGGUGGGGCUGCUGGCGAGUAGGCCCCAUGGCCCUGACGCGCGGGACGCGAAGAGCAGACGAGGGGUGCCCCGACUGCUUCCUGCUCCGAAGGACACCCAGCGGCUGCUGCCACCCUCGCCACACCCAGCGGCCUGGCCGCGCACCGUCCGCCGGCAGCUGCCCAGAGCAGGCGGGGGCCGAGUGCCGGCUGCCCUCAGACGGAAGGAGCCCGGGUCGAAGCGGCUGGCUGGCCAGGCCUCACCUGAGAGAUUCACCUCCUGGGAAAGCAGUUGUGGGAUCCACUUCAAAGGCUUCAGGGACUGUGGAUCCGUGGGCUCCAGAACCCACCUCGAGGUGCUACUGGGGAAGAAGCCCAAGGCCACGGGGGCAGCGCAGGCCACGGGAGGCCAGUGCGCACAGCGACCACUCCAGGGCCGCAAGAGGCCAGCUCCCCACCUAGAGGCCCCCUCCCCACCAAGCCCGGCUCCGCCUUCCCUUGCGAGCCUUGGAAUUCCCAGGAGCGGGAGCGCCCCGGGCGCCCCCAGAGGCCGGCCACCUGCCCUUCCGGACUCCUCCCUCCUCGCCCGCACCCACGUGCUCGCGGAGGCGGCCCCUCACAGGAAACAGGCACGCACCGACCGCACUGGCGGCGCCCGGGCGGAAGGGCCCGCUCGAGCCCCCAGGCUCCGCCCCCACCCCACCCGCCGGGCAGGCGUCUCCGGGGGUCUCAGUUCGCUCGCGGCCUGGCCACACCCUCCCGGGCCGCGCGCCCCAGGCCCUCCCCUCACGGACGGCGCUGGGGCCUGGAAGCGGCUCCCUCCAGGUUUGACCACCCCCCUCCCGACCGAGCGCGGCGGCGGGGGGGGGGCCCACUCGCAACCCCACCCGCCCCCACCUGCUUUUCUGGCUCGGCCGCUCCCAGGAGCCCUCCCCCAGCCCAGGUCCCUAACCCUCGGGCUAAGCCCCUCCCAGCAGGAAGCGCAGCCCGGCCGCCGGGCCGAGUCAAACUGGCCCCGCUGGCGGGCAGCCCCUAACCUAGGGGGAGCCACGCUGGGAUCCCGAAGGCCCCCAGCCCCAGGCUGCGCGCCGCUGGGAGGCAAGACUGAGCACCAGAGGGCAGAGACCCAGGCCAGCCCCGCGCAAUCGGGAUGGGCACCGCAUCUAUUCUCAAAACACUUCGCUGAGCGGAUAAAGGGCCACUGCACAGGCUCGCGGGUGCCCGACGGCAGCGGGGGCGCCGGCUUCGCAGAAGCAGGCACCUACAGGGCCACGCUCCUGUCCCCCUCCUCCUGA